AUGCCCGUAACAGGGCAAAUCCUGGAUAAGAAAGCACGAUCAGAAGCCAUUGCAACAAAGCAACAUCUCGAAUCGCUGUUCGAGCUCGUCGCAAAUGUUCGACAAGUACAAGAAGCCGCACGAGCCGCCGACCAUGAGGUUCUGGAGCGUAAUCAUCAGAAUACCCAGAACCAGCUACAAGAGGCGGAGCGACAACUAAGGCUAGUAAGGGAAGAGCGGGAGCAGGAAAAAAGGGAACAACGGGAGCUGUUUGCGCAAUUCAAGCAGUCCGAUGAAGCAAGAAACCAACGGAUAGCCGAGAUGGAGGAAUGA